AUGAAAAUUCAGUCCUGUUUACGGUGCCGUAUUACUGUGCCAGUUGAACUUGGUUUUCAAUCUACAAAUUCGAAAAGUCUUCUUUCACAAUGUCUUGAUGUAUCAAAAAAUGACUUGAAAUCAUCGAUAAUACCUUAUGGUGAAUUAGAAGAAUAUAUGGCGCUCAAUCUUAAAUUAAAUGAAAACGAUGAUGUUUUGUUAUUUUGGUUACAACAUAAAUUGAAAUUUCCAACGCUACUUACUAUGGUACAAGAUUUUUAUGCUAUGCCGGCAUCGAAUGCAAUCAUUGAGCGAUUGUUUUCAUCAUCAAAGAAUACAGUUACGGAUAAACGUAGUAGUCUUGGAGCAGAAAAACCCGGAUUCGUUGCUUUAACUGUGUUGGAUCUGAAAAUGGUUGUGUUGAAUUCGGAAUGCAAUUCUACAUCGAAUGAUGCUAAAUUUUUAUGGGGUCAUCGACCAAAAUUUUUCGACUUGCGUGUUGGUAGGAUAGAGGCACGGAGCGAUGACUUGGGUAAGGCCAGAAAUGUUUUGGCCGAUGGCCCCAUAAAAAUUUAG